AUGGCUCGAUGCCAUGCAAUCAUAGGAGGACUAGAGCUUCACGUUACCCAGGAAGAAGGCCCAAGUACAGCCAGCCAAAGCCCUCCUCUCCAACAGAUCCCGCCUUUGGGAGAAUGCACGGAAAUAUCAAAGCAACACAUCCCAGCGGAACCCGUAUUCAACACAGAUGCCGAGCGCCAGAAUUUCCGGCGUUUCUGCUAUCAAGAAGCUGUGGGUCCCCGCACAGUGUGCAGCCGCCUUUGGGAACUUUGCCACCAGUGGCUGAAGCCUGGAAAGAACACCAAGCUGCAGAUGCUGGAGUUGGUGAUCCUGGAGCAAUUCUUGGCCAUCCUGCCCCAGGAAAUGCAAAGCUAUGUCAAGGGAAAGGCACCGGUGAAUUGUGACCAUGCUGUGGCCCUGGCGGAGGACUUCCUGAAGGGCCAGCAAGGGCAGGAGGUGCAACAGGUCUUGGCAGAAGCAGUUCCCAAUAUCUCCAUGUCAAAGGAGGGCUCUUCAAAUGCUCUGCAUUCCCCAGUGUUCAUGGGAGUCAUCAGAAGUGGUCCUGGAGUGGCCAACGCAAUGAGUAAGUCUUUCUUGUUCCUCCGUACUUAG